AUGCGACGCGAGAUGGGCGACGGCAUGAUACGCUCAGAGUCCAGCAGUUCCGAGUCAACCACAGAUGACGCGGAUUCCGAUGCUGCCAGUUCAGGCGACGCAGAAAUCCGCACGCGGGUUUCGGCGCGCAAGACUCCCGGGGAGAGCGCGUGGUGUAUGUGGGAGCGGCCUAUACCCGCCAUUCCAACGAGCGAGACUCUUAGCGCGUGCUGGGAGCCGUCGAAACGGCGCGAGUUCAGCGCGCCUUAUUAUGGCGUUUCUCAC